GACCACCAGGACCAGCAACGGCGAGCCAGCCACAUUCCGAGCGCUACCGAGAAAGAAACUAACUACGGAGAGAAACUUCAUUUGAGAACUCCUUCAUUUCCUUUGCGCCUCCUCGUAUCUGCACUGCAGCUACCAAGCUUGAAGCGUCCAAGAACAAGGAGGAAGAUCGAAUAGGUAGCAAUGGCGUGCAGCUUCGUCGCCCGCGUCUCCCUCUUCCCCGCGCUCCUGCUCGCCCAGCCCGCACCACUCGCCAUCACCUGCAGGCUGCGUCCCGGCUCGGCGAGAGGUUAUCAUCGCGUCCUUGCGGCGGCGAGGCCGGCCAAGAGGAUGCUCGGCUCCGUCAGAUACGGCACUGGAGCGACGGCGUUGCGCGCGGAGGAGGCCGAGGUGGCGGUGCCGCCGUCGGUGCCCGUGCGGGUCGCCUACGAGCUGCAGCUGGCCGGCCACCGCUACCUCGACGUCAGAGCUGAGGGCGAGUUUGGCGCCGGGCAUCCCGUAGGAGCCGUGAACAUCCCUUACAUGUACAGCACCGGCUCAGGGAUGUCGAAGAACUCGCAUUUUAUAGAGCAAGUGUCGGCAAACUUUGGGAGAGAUGCCGAGAUAAUCAUCGGAUGCCAGAGUGGCAGGAGGUCUCUCAUGGCGGCAGCUGAGCUCUGCUCCGCGGGGUUCACAGCCGUGACAGACAUCGCAGGAGGGUUCUCUGCCUGGAGGGAGAACGGGCUGCCGGUCAGCCGAUGAUAUCAGGCGUCUGGCUUCUCUGAAUUUUUCUGAAACACAAUAAUCUGUUCAGGAGGCUCUGACGCCUCCUAGUCCAAUGUUCUAACAGGAGGCAUUUUCUUUUUAUUUUCUUUUAUAUCAGUUUGAGGGUCUGAGGGUUCUAGUCUUUAUCCCCUUUAUCCCUGUUUUUCACCCCUCAAAAGUGCUAAAAAAUGUCCAUUCUCAACCCUUAAACUGGUUUGAGGGUUUGAGAAUUUAGGGAUACUACUAGUGAUGCUCUUAUGCAUUUACUUCCUCAGCGUUCCAUUUUUCCUCAGAGGUCUGUACUGUAACGUUUUGCUCUGUUGCUCAUCGUCUAUUCGGCUGCAAAAAUAGACGUGCAAGUUGGAUA